GACCUUUCAACUCUGGUAGCCAAUGGCACGGUCACCAGCAAGCCUCCCGUCACCCUACGAUUGGUCAUUCCUGCCAGCCAAUGUGGCUCUCUCAUCGGGAAGGGCGGAUCCAAGAUCAAGGAGAUCAGAGAGACCACCGGGGCACAAGUACAGGUAGCUGGGGACCUUCUGCCCAACUCCACCGAGAGAGGAGUGACGAUAUCUGGAACCCAAGACGCCGUCAUCCAGUGUGUUAAACUCAUCUGCACUGUCAUUCUCGAGUCACCUCCGAAAGGAGCCACUAUUCCGUAUCGACCCGGCCCCUCCCCGGGAACAGUCAUGAUCGGCGGGAACCAGGUGAGGAACCAGAACCCCCCC